AUGUCACUCAAUAAAAAUACUGUUAGUAGGUCUACUAAACGUAGAAGGUUUUUGGAAGAUUUAGAAAUGGUAGAUUAUUUGUAUGACAAUGAUACAAAUGUAGAAUGUGAAUUACAACCAAGUACAUCACACAAUUCUAAUUUAGAAAAUGCAAAUAUAAAUUUAUCAGUUUCAAAUUCCAACAAUCCAUUUACUGACAUAAAUUUGCCAUGUAACCCAAUCUUAGGUGAUACGCUUUCAAUUGAUUCUAUAAAUUUAGCCGAUAAUGAAUUUGAAAAUGUGUUGUUUUCUUCAGAUUCAGAUUCUGAUAUUGACAUUAAUAACCACCUUAAAAUUAGUGGUACAUUUGAUGUAUUUGAGUGCAAUGAUAGUAUUUUAAAACCAUUAGCAAAAUGGGCAGUGGCUAACAAUAUUACACUUGCUUCUUUUUCUUCUUUACUGAAAGUAUUAAAAAGUCACAAAUGUUUUAAAGAUAUCCCAGUUUAUGCUAGAACUGUAUUAAAAACUAACAAAACUAAGCAAGUUAAUGAUAUUCAAAUUGUGGAACCGGGUUUGUAUUAUCAUUUUGGGGUCGCUAAUGGCUUAAAUUCUUUUGGUGAUAUGCUAGUAAAUUUUAAUGAUGUAAUCAAAAUUGUAAUAGGAAUUGAUGGAUUACCCCUUACAAAAAGUUCCUCAAGUACAUUUUGGCCAAUUUUAGGAUAUGCUCGAGACCCUAUUAUUCCCUAUAGUCAACAUAAUAUAUUUAUUAUAGGGUUGUACUGGGGAAGAGAAAAACCUAAAUCUUCUAAUGAUUAUUUAAAAUAUUUGGUUUGUGAACUAAAAGAUUUGUAUAAAAAUGGCAUGCAAACAAAGUUUGGUAAAAAAAUUGUGAUAGUUGAUGCUUUUUGUUGUGACUGUCCGGCGAAGAGUUUUAUUUUAUCUGUAAAAGGGCAUGCUGGAUAUUCAUCUUGUAUAAGAUGUAAAAUUGAAGGAGAACGUAUAAACAAUACAACGUGUUUUUUAGAAACCGACUUUUCUAAAAGAACUCAUUUAGAUUUCUUAAAUCGUGUAGAUGAAGAUCACCAUAUCACAUCUACUAUUUCUAUAGUUACUGAAAUACCAGGUAUAAAUAUAGUUGAAGAUUUCACUCUUGACUAUAUGCAUUUGGUAUGUUUGGGGGUUAUGAAAAAAAUGUUAUUACUCUGGUUAGGUGUAUUAAAACAUGCUCCUGUCAAUGUUCGUAUUCCAAAUCGAAGUGUUAACUGUAUUUCAAAUAAUUUAUUGUUAUUGAACACGUUUUUACCUAGUGAUUUUUCAAGAAAAUGCAGGGGGUUAAAUGAAAUUUGCAGGUUUAAAGCAACUGAAUAUAGGUUAUUCUUAUUAUAUACAGGACCUGUCGUCUUAAAAGAUAUUUUAAAUGAUGAUUGUUAUUUUCAUUUUUUGUGUUUACACAUCAGUUUUAGAGUUUUCUUAUGUCCUGGUAGUUCUGAAAAGCUAGUGAAUUUCAGUGAAAAUUUAAUUACAUUUUUUGUUAAAAACUUUAGUGAAUUAUAUGGCCCUCAGUUUGUUUCUCAUAAUGUCCAUGGAUUAUUGCACAUAGUUGAUGAUUACAGAAAAUUUAAAUCACUUGAAGAGUGUUCAUGUUUUCCUUUCGAGAAUUAUAUGAAGGUUUUAAAAAAGAUGGUUAGGAAGCAUGAAAAACUACUCGAACAAGUUAUUAAACGCUACCAAGAAUCUUUAUUAUUUAACCAACCUGUACUUUUGAAAUCUCCUAAAGAAAUAAAUUAUAGAAAACCUCACAGUAAUGGACCUUCAGCAUUCGAGCACUUAACUGUUCCAAAUUUCCAGAUAGUUAUAAAAAAUAAUAUUAAAAUAAAUAUUAAGUCUACAUCUGACAGCUAUAUAGGUUUCACAGAUGAAACUGGUCUUAAAAUUUUUAAAGUUUUUAAUAUAUGUCUUGAUUCUACCACAGAAAAAUAUGUUUUUUUAGUUAAGCAUUUUGAAACUAUUGGAAAUUUUUUUGAUAAGCCCAUCAGUAGUCUUAAAUUAGGUAUUGCUGUCGUUAAAAAUUUAUCAGAAUUUUAUUCCAUUAUAGACAUAGAGAAUACUGAAUUUGUAAAAUAUAUGAUAUUGUCUAGUAAUAGUAAUGUAAAUAUUGCAUACCCUAUUUUGCAUACAUUUAUUAUUUGA